AUGACGAUGAUGAUGAUGACAGUGACGAUCAGUGAAGAUGAAAAUGAUGGUGAUGAUAAAAGUUAUUCCCUGUUGGUAGGACAUUCCUACAAUAUACAGCUAUUUUGAGAAAGGUUGUCGGAAAAAAUGUGCAUGUGACAAUCCCGAGAGGUAAUAUGUGACAUGAUCAAUACACUGUUCCUAACACUGUUGCUGUCAAAGCUACUUUUGUUGCGUUCCUUUAGCACUUGCAAAUGUAUGUCCAUGGCCUUUUGUGCCAUUCUUUCAAAUUUCAUUGAAAAAAUAGUGAACUCAAAAUCACCCGCAAUACCUUUUGGGAUUGUUUUGUGCACUUUUUCUGACAACCUUUCUCGAAAUAGCUGUGUAUGUAUUCUAAUAAAUCACAGAUGUUUGCUCUCCUGACCCCAGAAUUCUCCCCCAGCCCAUUUGUUUGGCUUUACAGGUAUGUAUCUCUGUCUCACAGAUCUACUCUAGUAGUAUUAAACCGUUAUCCCACUGUUUUGACCUAAUUAUAACUUUGUGGUCCAUAACUGAAUUUACAUUUUUCAGAUACGCUAUGAGGUAGGUCAUAGAACUAUGAAGCCCCACACCUUUCAUCGCACAGGUACUGCUCCAUCGCCGACCAUUAACUUAGCUCAAGUCGGGACAGAUAGAGAAAGAUCAUUUACAGAACCACAUCAGCCGUUAGUUCCUGAACCAUACCAGUCAAUUCCUGCUCAAGAUUUGCUUAAAGACAACUGUGGCUUCAGUGGCUGGAUUAGAAAAGAGGGCAACAACUUUAAGACAUGUAAGGUUAAUUCAAACUUACAUUAUCAGAAUCUUCCUUAUUUUUAAUAAUUGAAACAUGCUUAAAUAAAUCUGCUAAUAUCAUAGGUGAUGAAUUACUCCUUAAUUUUGGUGCGAAAUUGCAGCUUUUAUACUACUACAUGAGAAAAUUGCUGCAAUUUGAUUGGCUUAGAGCAGUGGUAUUUCAGCGUAAAUUGAAAUACCUACAUAUGAAAAUUACAACCUUUUGCGGCUAGUAGUAUAAACAAAUAAUAGCAUGAUUUGAAUGUGAUAUUUAGCAUAAAUACCACUCGUGAUAUUUCAAAAUUGUCUCUAACAAUAAUAUUUUGAAAUAUCACUGGUGGUAUUUAUGCCAAAUGUCACUACAAAUCAUUCUAUUACCUACACUAAUUUGUAAUUUCACAUGUGAAAUUACAAAAUUGCCAUGGCAACCUUCUGUACGUCUCAGUGUCAAGAUGGCGACAAAGUUUUAAAAUGCCGUGAAUGAAGAUGUCAGGGCACAAAAAGAUGCUUUAGAAAACCUGAACACACAAGAGAACGUCAAGAAGGAUUCUAACAGAUAUUUUGCCGAAAUAGUCUGAAAAAUUCUGAACUUUAGAAGCCAAAUUUAAGGUCUAAACAUUUGAGAGAGUGGAGUUCUUGAUCGAUAUGAUCCAGGAUAAACAUGUCAAAAAUCCAAGAAUGCUAACAUAAUUCGUCACCCGUGACAUUAAUAAGUAAUCAAAUGGUAUACUCGUGAAAUUAGGAAAAAUUUCACUUGCGUUUUGUCCAAAUUAGGGAAAUUAUUAGGAUUUGGACAAACGGCGCGUGAAAUUAUUCCCUAAUUUCACUCGUCACCAUUUGAUUACACAUACUAAUUUAAUGAAUUAGAUAUUUCUCUAAAGUAUACAAAUUUUUAUAUGCUUGUGUUUGGAUGUCUUUGUUGACCACAGGUGACAUAUCGUGCACCAAUUUCUUUUUUUAAAUAACUGAAUUUUUUAUUUUAAUACUUGACUAUUUAAACUAGCAGUGUUUUCAUAGGGCCAUGGGUUUCCUCAAGACCUCUUACACUCAGUCCAUUAUUUAAAUUGGUUAUAGGGUGAAGUAGCUUAUAUAAUAGUGAACACAAAAUCAUUCCUUGUUAACUCUCUUUAGUUUACUUUUUAUUUUUUUGCAUUUGUUUCUCAUAAUAAUAUACCUUUGCAGGGCAUGACAGAUAUGCCAUUUUACACAAAGGUUGCCUGUACUAUUACAAAGAUGCUAAUGCAUCAUCAACUGCUGGAAAGUUUUCACUUGGUGGAUACAGGUACAGUUUACAAUGAGAAAACAUGUAAUGCGACAUUGCAGCUAGAUACAGUGCACACUUUCACUGACUCUACUAACCUCCAAGAUUUUCAAUCAGUAAUAUGGGUUAAAUCUAUUGUUCCUUCUUUUAUGUACAUUGUAGGCUGUCACCUGCUCCCGAGAGAAGCUCAAAAUACGGGUGGACGUUUAAAUUAGCCCACAUACAACCAGAAAAGAGAACAUAUUACUUUUCAGCAUAUUCUGAAAGGGAAAUGAAUGUAAGUGAUAUCUUAGUAACCUGAACACGAGCAUUGAUUUGGUACAUUUUUUUGGGUAUGUGAACACUUUUGGCACUCAAGCUUAAAUGUUCUCUUGUUGAUGCUGACAGAGGACGUACAAUUUAACCAACUCAGGUAUAAUAAUCAACUGAUGUGUCAUAACUUUUUCCAAUCCAAUAUUUCCUACCAGUUCUUGAAACCACUGUAUCUUUGCAGGACUCAUUUCCAAUAAUUGUUAUUGUUUGCGGAGCUUUAGUGUUAGUUGAUACAGGGCAUUAUCAUAUAAACGUCCCGGAAAUAUUCUGUACAAAGCCAUUAUGUUUUUCUACCAGGAAUGGAUGGAGCAUAUAACUAAGGAGAUGGAAGACUACUGCGGUAAUGGAAAAAAAGACACGUAAGUCAUGAUUCAUUGUGAAUCAAACACAUUCUGUCUAUUUAUUUGAUUUUGUGGAAAAAAGUUAAAAGCUUUAAUAUUAACUAAGGUAGUUGACCUCCAUUGUUAUUGCUGGGUAUGGCUUAUCUGUAAUGGGAGCUCGCUUAUCAUUUAUUAUUUUGUCAGUAACUGUCAACCAACAUGUUUGACUGUUUAAUCAUGGUUCAAAGUGUCUAUUAAAAUGACACAAUCCUGUGUUGCCUAUCAAAUGAAAGAUUAUUCCAGUUCUUAUUUAGUACAUGACUUAAUUAUUAUUUCUUUUAAUAUUUUUUUAUAAGAGAAUUUUUUUAUUUAGUAUAUGACUUAAUUAUUAGUAUUAUUUUUUUUAUUUAGUACAUGACUUAAUUAUUAUUUCUUUUAAUAUUUUUUAAUAAGAGAUUUUUUUUUAUUAGCCAUUGAUGCAUUUAGCAAUAACACCCAGGCAAAAUAUUUUCCACUAUUUUGACUUAGCAUCUUUAAACUAACACAGAGCUGAAAAAGAAGAGUUUGAGGAUGGACUUGAAUAUUGCUAUCCAGAAGUAGAGCCAAAAUUUGACCCAGAAGAAGUUGCUGCUUUAUUUGGAAGACCAUCACCUAGCCUUCCAAGACGAUGUGCUGAUUCAGGGCCAAUGUACUGCCCUCCCCCUGAAAUAGAUCAACGAGACAUUAAGAAAAGGCCACCGCACUUAUUACCCAGAACACCAACUGUGUUACCAUAUCACAUAUCUGAUACAGUACCAGUGGACAAUCCUUUGUCAUUAAAACCAGUUAGAUCACGGCCACCAGGAGCAAGCCCUGUUUUACCAACAAAGGGUGCCCCUGCAGUACCAUCAAGGGUUAAAAAGCCAACGAUUGGAAAUCCUGCAGCGACAUCAGCCAAACCUUUGCCUAAACCUAAACCUAAACCUAAACCUUUGCCACGCCCACCAUCUCUUGAAAAGCGUGUUCCACAACCAAUUCCAAACUACACGGAUGCUUUUGAAGGUAUGAUUCAAAUACCUAGUUUGUGGUUCUUUCAUUUUGUAAAUGUCAUUUUUUUUUGUGUACUAUCUUCAUGAUAGAACUUCUGUUAGUUACCAUUAAUACAGUUAUAAAAAAUAAUAAAAACGUUUUUUUUUUCUUUAACUGAUAGGCGAAGAUGACGAGGAAAUCAAUGAAGGUUACCUAGAUAUUGUUCCAGACACCACCCCAGAAGAUUUAUUUGAUGAAGAGAAAAAGUCGAGCCUUUCAAGGUCUGUCCAGUAAGGGACUUGUUAAGUUUAUAAUAUUGUUCCGUUUCUAAUAGUACACUAGAAAUGACAGCUUCUUUCCUCCUUAUAUCCCUGCAAACUCAAUCCUUUGUAUUAGCUGGGCCUUACACUGUCUGUGCCCCUCUUCAUCAUUUCCUACCCCUUUAUCCUUCGUUUCCUUUUCUCUCUGGCUUCCUUCCUUUCUUCCUUUCCAAUUACUUCUUCACACACUCAAUUCCACCUUUUCUCUUUGUUACCAUUCUUGAACCUUUCUUCCUUUGCCUUUGUCCUUUCGUAGUCUUUACAUUACAUUCUUUUUUUCAAUUCUUCUUCAUUUGGACCUCCUUUACUUUUCCCCUUGUUUUAUGCUUUUUCUUUAAUUUCUCAUUUUCCCUUCUUCUUCUUUCCCUUUCUUCCUUCCUUUCUUUUCCCCUUUCUUUCCUUUUUCUUUUUGUCUUACUUCCUUUUGUCUUACAGUGUAUCUCCCAUAGUACCUCCUUUUGCGAGCAAUUAAAAUUUAUUGUCUUACAUGUACAUCAUUUUUUGCCAUUGCAGAGGAUACCCAGAUGGAAAAAGUUUUCGCCGUCACAGCUCUGAGGUAAACAUGGUGUGAAAUAUAACUAUUUUUGUGGUGUUGACCUGCAGCACAUGACUGUCUUUAUUUAAACUGUGAGGGGUAUCACUACAUAUUGUAACUAUUUAGUAUUUCAGCACAGUUACCUGAUGGUUACAUUAUUACAGCUGUUUACAGCAGUGAAAAUCGAUUUCUGUCUUUACUGGUAACGAGAGAUAGAGAAGCUGAAGUAUUGACUGCUAGCCUUUCAACAGAGCUAAUUCAAACAUCAGCUUCUCUAUCUCUCUUUGAUGGACAACUUACAAUACACACCCAACAGCUGGGUUCAUUAACAAAAGCCGGUUACCCACAUAGUCCAGCCAGUCCCCCAUCAGCUACGUGGCCUCUUACCACUGUCUGUUAUGGGAGGUUUUAGUGAAAAGAGGCCUCUUAUUUAGCCCUUUUCCUAAUCAAAGCCGACUAUUCAAACUUCGGCAGCUCUUUAUGGAAAAAGUUAUUGAAACUCCUACCUGGCAGGUCUUCUUGACUUGACCAUGUCUCUAGCUUUUGGACAGCCUGUGUAGCCAAUGGACAGUGACCUAAAUCCCUCAAAUAUUCAUACUCUAUGGCCGGCUGAAUGAUGAAACAAUAAUUGCUUUUAAAUUGUUCAUAAUUCUCCCUGGAACUUUUAUAGAAUGUACUUCCAGACUCUGCUGUGAAACUGAACUUGGACAAGACAGCUGUUAGCGAGUAAGAAGAAAUCCUUGAUUUGUCUGAGUACCAAUGAUAAAUGCUAAUUUUUGUAGAAUUCAGGUCGAGGAAAGAAACCUGAAAAUAACAUGUCAUUAUAUUGGAAACAUAUAUAAAAAUAAUGUCCAGCCCUACGCAAGCCACUUCAAUACUUUCAAACUCUUUCUGAUCUGCACAAGGUGAAGGUGUCUGACUCACCAAACAAAAGAAAAUUACUGGAAAAUGAAGGUACCAACUCCCGGGCCCAGUUGUUGGAAGGCCGAUUAGCACUUAACCCAGGGUUAAUUUUAACCCGGGUUUCUUUUUCUUUUGUUCAAAAGCAUUUUCUCGGAAAAUUUUCUCUGAUAUUCAAUAGAGCAUCGAAUCAUCAACUUGUUUCUCUGAUAUUCAAUAGAGCAUCGAAUCAUCAACUUGUUGACAAAAAGAAUAAUUAAACUGAAUUUACUUUAUAAGCUGUCAUAUUAAUUUGAACUCAAAUUUUGCACUAACCCUGGGUUAUCUUAACCCAGCUUUGAUUUUUGCCAACGGCAGGGACCAUCUCUAGGUGUCCAUUUUAGGGAGGUAUCUGUCUUAUCGAGGUGUCCUUUAGGAUAGAGUUGACUGUAUAUUUGUGGUAAGUCUGGUUGAGUUGGUCCUUGAUACACUGUAAGGAAUAACUCGCAUUGUUCACCAUCGUUUUUGUCCUUCCGUUUACUUUUUUUUCCAUAGGCUACUGGAAAAGAAAUUAGGAGUUUAUCUUUUACGUGAAAGUCAAAAUGCACAGUCAAAGCGGGUAAGGAUCAGUGUUUAUUUCUUCAAGCAAAACUAAAUUCUGUUGUAACUGGCUUGCCUUCAGCCUGCUGGCUGCUUGCAGAUUUACCAGAAACAUCGUAUGCUAGCAUUGCAGUAAAUAUGAUGUGGGUACUCGUCACAGUUGCUUUGAUCAGAUGAUGCCAACAUCCAUCUCCGUUGGCCCGCCAAACGUCUCAGGAACUGGUUUUUUGUUUGCUGAGUGUGACUUCAUUCUCCAAUUACAUCAAAACAAGCGCAGUAAUCCAUAAUUGUAGUACCCGAUAUUUUUCUCAAAAUAAUAACAGUUAAAAUUAUUGGGAACCAGACUCCUUUUCACUUCUCAGAGGCACCCAACCACCAAGUCCAAAUACAUCAGAAGUGUUUCAGAGUCUCUAUGCUUUAGAAGCCUGUUUGGUUAUUGAGUGGCCCUAGUAUUAUAAAAUAUAUUUAUCCGUUCAGAUGUCCUAGGUAAACUUUGGUUGCCUCGAAAGUUUUAGGUGGCCUUUUCCUACCCUGAUGGGUCCGACAGAAAGUUAGUUGGGGAGGUUUUGUCGUUACACUAAAAUGUGAAAACACAACUUCCAAAAAUCGUACGUACGUUAAAACAAAACUAUUUUUUUUUAUUUAGGCUUUGGCAGUGUGGACUGGAGAUCGAGUCAGACAUUACAUGAUAUUUUAUGAAAAGGUAGGUGUCGCCUUCAUCUAGUGUUUCUUGAGCGACAUGUUUAUACUUGUCUAACAACCGCCCCCUUCUUUUCCUUCAACUUUCAUGCUGGUAAGUCUAAAACCCGAGAAAAUUUAUUACAUCGGUAAUAAAAAAGUGAACUCGCGCUAAUCGCGCUUAUUCCACCUUGUUUAAUUCGUCAAAUGUUGGCAAUUUUUUUGGAGUUGAAUUCGAAAUGACUGUAUCAAAGUUCAAAUGAAUAAGAAAAACGUUGUCGUGAACGACUACAUGUACAAAAAUUAAAAAAGUUUCAAAGUUGUUGUUUUGCCAUUCCAAACCUAUUGGUUUUUUGCCGUUCUCGUUGCCGUCGCCGUCGCCGUCGUCGUUGCUUAAGCUCCCUAAUAUUUGAACCAGGCAGCGUAAAUCUCUGGGCUUUCUGGCGUUUAAUGUCUUCUUCUUUCAAAUGAUAAUGUACGCUGGUGGAUGGUCGAUUUUAAGCAAGUCCCAGACGCAUCUCACAACGGACGAAUGACGUUUGAGGAACGGUGACGUGCACUACCCUGAUCUGGAUAGUGCUUCUGAUUGGUUCAAAAUUUGCUCCAUUUUGUGGAAAACCGUUGGUCGCGUCGUGAAAUGUCGACCGUUUUCUCAGGCUCCGAUACAGUUCCUUGGAACACAGUCGAAGGGUCGUGAGGUCGAGUCUCACUUUGAGCUUGGAAUUUUUUCUGAGCUUUCUGGUGUUUGAUUUCAAAUAUUGUCUACCUCCUCAAACACCUACCACACAAGCUGCCAAUUAGUUUCAGUUAUAUAAAUCCUGCAACUAGCUUCCAGCACUUGAGUUGACGAUCACCAUGAAAUCUCCGUCUCCCUUUGCUUGUAUCUUAGACUUGUGUCAUUACUACACAAAGCAAGAAUUCGCAACUCUAGAAACGAGAAGGGUACUGGAGCCGAAAUGCGUCCCGCAAUUGUUUCUGGGAUGGGAGGCGUCGGUCAGCUAUUGGCCAAUUUUUUCCCCGUUCCCAGUAACAGUCCCAUCAGUCUUUGCGAAAGUUCACUUGGCCCAGGUGCAUUCUCGUUUCUAUAGUGACGAAUGGAAGCUGUGCCUGUAAGAGGUAAAAUAUAAUCGUCUUUUUUGCAAAAUGGUCUUGUUCACAGGAAUUGGGCUACGCUCUUGAUCCCGAAGGAGCACGGUUUGAUAAACUAGAAGCAUUAUUAUCGCAUUACCACAAGGUUAAUCUGCCUAGGUGUGAUGCCAAACUUAAAAAGCCUUACAAGUAGCACGAAUGUAGGCCCUAUAGUUUUUGUAUAUUAUACUAUUUUAAUCCUUGGACUGUUCAUACGCAGGCCGGGCACUUAUAGAUAGACCUAAUUAUGUCCAAAAGCCUUUAAUUUUGUAUGACUUGACAUGUUUUUUGAUAUGUCGUAAUUUCGGACCAUUAUCUUGACGAACGUUCUUAUCUGUUUCGCUGCUUGAGUCUGAGAUAUUCCUAUAUUUGAAACAAGCCUCCAUAAAUCUCCGCCGUCCCGUUGCUAAUGGGGAGUAAUUAUUCGGCACUGUAUGCAUGUUGAAGACGUUCAUAAGUGCUUGUAACUGAGAAAAUUUCAGAAACCAUCUUUUUCAAAGAUACUUAGAUGUCAAUGAACUUUGCUUCGGAAGUUGAAUAAUAUAACAGUGAAAUAUAUAGUCUGAAAUGUCAUACAUCUCCACCCCCAACCCGUGGGUUAGGGGUUGGAGACGUAUGACAUUUCAGCCUAUGAAAUAAUGGCGAUAGAUAAUAUUGAUAUAUGCAUGCGCGGUGUGUAAUACCAGUGCUGUAAUUUAGUAAAAGUAUAAUUAAAUAAUUUUAAUAAUUUAUUUAAUAUACGACGCAUAUGAUUAUAGGAUAAAUGAGCAUUAUGAAUUCUUUCGAUUAAAAGUAUACAUAUUUUAUCAUUAAAUGGUAGUUCAGGUUGAAUAAUUAGAUAUAUAUUUCCUGAAAAUCCAUUUCAAGCGUACAUUUUGAUGUGUUUCUUGUCUACAGUAGUGUAGUUCCAUGAUAUGGUUCAAUUUUAUCCGAGCUUAAAUUAUUUUUUUCUCGUUCUAAAUAUCCUAAUUUAUAUUAAUAACUUCAAUACAAAGGAAGAUUAACGAUACCAUCCUGAUUCUUAAUUUUGCCAAAAAGGUAUUUGGGCUUUAGAGAGUUAAACAAAAGAUGGUAAAAUUUGAAAUACGGAUACUGAAAAUUGAACCAUGUCAACAUAUCCAAGUGACAAACAAAACUUAGGCCGGGGAAAAUAAAAAGUACUUAUAAGAAAUCAAAUUAAGUAAAUUUUAAAGGGUUAGUUUAAAAAUCUUGUCUUUUCUUUUCAGCUUUUUUUGUCCUCAACUUUGUAUUGGUUGUCUAUAUAUAUUUCCUCCUUAAUAAGAGCCCUAGUAACGUGACCGAGCUGAAAUUCCAAGCUCGUACACUGAGGUGUUUCUGUCAAAAAAAAUUCUUGAAUAGCUCAACUUGGGCUGGCACCCAUUCUGUUCUAAAUCGUUUAGGUACUAUAAUUUUUAUAGUAUUGUUGAUCAAAGAAAAGUACGGAUCUUGUGCUGCCUUUUUAGUUUUGAAGGUUAAAGAUACCGAUUGUAGUAAAUACAGAAUUUUCAGAGUAUUAUAUUUUUCUUUGCAAUACAAGAAGUAGCAAAGCUGC